CCAAAUGGGAGCUGAAGUAAACGCCUUCAUCCAAUGAGAGUGUGUGAGACCUCGCUCCAACCAAUCGACAUUCGCGAUUCGUGGAGCGUGUCCGCGCUCUUUAUAUAUAGUAGAUACUGUCACAAUAGGAAAAGAGGACAGAGUGCCCAGUGCACAGUAUGGGGCCUAAUUUUGCAGGACCCGCUACGGGAAUAGUCUGUCUUUCCAACCCUCCCGUUAUAACUCGAGGCUUAAGUCCAACCCAACAACCAUCUUGCGAGCGAGACUUUCGCCCCAGAGGUGGCCACUUUCGAUCUUCAACUUUUGCAUGUAAUGCGUAUUGUUCUCAAGACGUGAGUCUCAACCGACAACGAUGCCUCUUGGGUCAUGCUCAUCCUCACAGGUCCGAGGGGAGGCACAAUAUCCAAGUCGAUCCAAACUUUACGGUCAAUGAUCUCAAGAAAAGGGUGCACUUCAGGACAGGCAUUCCACCUGACGAACAACGCUUUUUAUUCAAUAACAAUAUGCUGCAAGAUGAUUGCGCUUUGCUCUCCGAGUGUCACAUCCAGGACCAGUCUAUUCUCUACCUUAUCCGGUGUCGUACUGUGGCGUCAGGCUGGUCCCACUCUCCCUAACGUCGUCAGGCGAUCCUUGCGUUGUACGCGAAAGAGAUACUCCUUGCGCUCCGC